AAACCACAGCACUCGGAACCAACCCUCGCUUUCAUCUUCCGAUUUCCCUCUUCGUAUUCCGAUAUUUUCACCGAUAUUCGGCCGUUGAAGCUCCAGAAACUGUGCAAUAUACCGUUGGGAGCAUUUUGGGUACGACUACGAUAUACCGUUGGGAGCAUUUCGGGAGUGGUAUUUGAGAAGCAGUGAUGCCGGCGGGGCCAGUAUCGGCGUACGAGAAAGCUCCGAUGGGACAGGGGAUGGUGCCGGUGUCUGUGCCGGUACAGAUGCCGGCGGCGCCAGAGUCAUUCGCGAAGGACGCGAUUAUCGCGUGGUUCAGAGGGGAAUUCGCGGCGGCGAACGCGAUGAUCGACACACUCUGCAACCACCUGGCUCAGCUGACAGGCGGCGUCGGAUCGGAGUACGAGAAGGUGUUCGCUGCCAUUCAUCUCAGGCGCUUGAAUUGGAUCCCGAUCCUUCAGAUGCAAAAAUACCACUCGAUUGCUGAUGUGGCGAUCGAGCUCCAGAAUGUUCUUGACAAGAAGACGGAGAACGUUGGAGGAGCUGAAGGUGUGAAAAUAAGUGAGGAAGCAAUGGAGGUUUGUUUGGAAGGGAAGAAAGAGAAGGGAACCGAUGAGGAAGUGAUGAAAAGUAAUGGAAAUGUUGAUGGCGAUGAGGUGGUAGUAGAAGAAGAGGACUCGCCGGACAGUGACAUUACUGAUUCAGGGUCUCAAGAUGUGCAGCCAACAACAGAAUGCACAGAAUCCCAGCCUACGUCAGAAAAUAUUGGGAUUUGUGGUAACCAUGAAGAGUGCGGGGGGCGUUCAACGCAGAUCAAGUUAACAAAAGGUUUCGUAGCCAAGGAGCCAGUGAAGGGGCACAUGGUGAAUGUUGUGAAAGGGCUAAAGCUGUACGAGAACGUAUUCACUGUUCCAGAGCUUGCUAAGCUGUCUUAUUUUGUGGAUGAACUCCGUAUUGCUGGCCAGAAUGGAGAACUCUCAGGUGAGACCUUUAUCUUAUACAACAAACAGAUCAAGGGAAACAAGAGAGAGUUGAUUCAGUUCGGGGUUCCAAUUUUUGGACAGAUAAGCGAAGGAUGUAAUGGGGAGCCUAUUCCAGCCCUUCUCCAAAAUGUCAUUGAUCACCUGAUUCAAUGGGAACUAAUACCAGAGUAUAAGAAACCAAACAAUUGCAUUAUCAACUUCUUUGAUGAGGGGGAAUAUUCACAACCUUUUCUGAAGCCACCUCAUUUGGAGCAACCAAUAUCUACUCUUCUCCUCUCUGAAUCAACAAUGGCUUUUGGACGUGUUCUUGGAAGUGACAAUGAUGGAAACUUUAAAGGGCCAUUCAUGCUUACACUGAAGGAAGGGUCUCUUAUAGUCAUGAGAGGAAACAGUGCUGAUAUGGCAAGACAUGUUAUGUGUCCAUCUUCAAACAAAAGGGUCAGCAUCACAUUCUUCAGAGUUCGGACAGAAACCAACAGAGACCAACUAACACCAGUAAACAAGGACCGGUCACAGGUAACCCCCCCCCUGACAAAAGCCAUUACCCUGUGGCAACCAGGAGUUCCUACUGGAUACACAAUGCCAAGUGGAGCUUUCAGUGGUUAUGGAACGAUGGAUGUAAUGCCCAAAUGGGAAGUUGUUCGCGCUCCACUUGUCAUGCUGGCCCCAGUAACCCCUAUGGUGAUGAGCCCCAGAAAGAUGCAACAAAGUGGCACAGGUGUUUUCUUGCCCUGGGCAGUGAAAUCAAGAAAACAUGCAAAGCAUCUUCCUCCACGUGCUCAACGAAGCCGGCUUCUUGCAUUACCUUCUACAGUUGAUACACAUGCAGCAGAGCCAACUUCUGAGCCAUGCAUCAGCGUUGAGGGAACAGCAGUAUGAGCUUAUUCUAAGGCAGCUCCGAGGCCAAAGCAAUACCAAUCAACAGAGGUAUUGCUCAUGAUCUCUUCCUCUGAAGAUGCUUCUCUUCUUGUACACACAAGACCUCCGGUGCUGUUCAAUGAUUUACCUUUUUCCUAUUUUCUUCAGUAACUCUAGGUUCUGUUUAUUGGUUUUUAUACCUUUUCUUGGAUGCCAAUCAUGCUAGGGUUCUAGAAACCAUUGAGCUUUAAAGUUUUAAGGGAGUGUGAAUAGCCUGAAUAGGGGGUGGAAUUUUGUAUUGGCUACAAAGUUUUUUUAAAUUGAUCUCUUUUAAGGACACAGAGAAAUUUCUGGUUGCAUAUUUUGCUGAAAUGGUAUCUGAAUUAAGCUUUUAUGGA